AAUAAACCCGAACAAAACGAAAUUCUCAUAACGUCGAAAUAGCCUAAAUGCCAACAGACAGCUGCCAGCGUCAGUUGUACCCAUGGCAACCAAGACAAUGUAGAAAAAUUAGCAUUUCUUUUUGUCCUUAGCUAAUAUUGGCGGCGUCUGCUGUUUCGUAAACAUAUAUAGCCUGUAACUCUCGAAUAUUUAUUGAAGCAACAUUUGCACUUUUAAGAUAUAACAAUCGCUAUGUUUUUGCGGUUUUGGAAGCAGGGUAAGAAACCUAACAAGAAAUGUCGUGUUGUCACCUGACAACACGACAUUUUCGGUAAACCGUUUUAUACUUGGCCAAACAGUGGUAAGCGUCUGUCUAAGCAGGCUAGAUACAAAUAUUUGGCUAGAAUUUGCCCUUGUUGCUCAUGGAAACAAAACGUAAAAUGCUGAAAAUGUCCAACUUGGCUAAGAAAGUGAGACCAGCAGAAAAGUUGCAACUGAAAUCCACAACAGUCCAAAGCAAGGCAUUUCAUGAUCUCAGAAGGCUCCUGUCCCUGCUUGCCAAAAGCAGCUCCAGACAAGAGAUGUCAACCCUGAGUAAUAGUAAAGCAGUAAACAGCAGAGCCAUCAGAUGCUCACAUUCUCCAAAACACAACAGCAGGCCCAGGAGUGACAGCGACCCCAACAAUGAAGUGUCUCAACUGGAAAAAUUUAGCAUAGCAUACAAAGACCAAAGAUGUUUCAGCAGUCACCCUCUGAGUAAACUGUUCCUGGAAAUUCUUACAUCCUUGGUCAAGAACCGACUCUGCAGUGAAUGGAUUGACCAUGCAUCACCCGAAGCUGUUCAUAGAGUUCUUAUCUGCCUUCGACUGCUGAUCAGAGAUCCCAACUACCAGGAAAUUCUUCACCAGCUCGAAGGCAUCAGUUUGCUUGCCAGGUAUAUGGAGUCUGUCACUGCCAAGUACAUAUCAUGUGGUGAGGAGGAGUUUGAUACACAGAAGCUUGUUACGAUGACCUAUAUAUUUCAGAAGCUGUCCUCUGCUAGUAAUCAAAGGUUGUGGGUCAUUGAGACUGGGGCACACAGGACCCUGGCAAAGCUCCUCUCCACAACAGACUGCGGUGUGUUACAGGGAGCCCUAUUUGCACUCACCGCUUUGGCUGAGAGCACCGAAUGCAGGACAGAAAUCGGGGAACCACAAAUUGUGGAUAGCCUUCUUGUAAUACUGCAGGAAUAUGACCUGCUCUCAAAGAGAAUGAGCGCUGAGUUGCUGAGGCUCUUGUGUUCAGUGCAACAUGUGAGGGACCAGUUAAAGGAGAUAGAGGGAGUGCCGGUGCUGCUGAGCCUCCUGCACAGCAGGAACCUGAAGCUGCUGUGGAGCGUCACCUGGGUUGUGGUCCAGCUAUGUGAGGAUCCAGACUGCAGGGCUGAGAUCCGGGGCUGGGGGGGAGUGCAGCAGCUCCUCCGUCUGCUGAACAUUGAUAGGCAGCACGUUUCUGACCGUUCAGCCAUCGAGAUGCUUCCCACUCCCAGCAACGGCCCUCAGUUCCCGAGGGAACACAUGAGUGAGGAGCUUGGACCACAUGAGACGGUGCAGAAGACUGUGGCUCUGCAGUCAGCCUGCUGUACAGCUCUGACUGAACUGAGUCUGGAUGACACGUCUGCUCACGACAUUGUACAGGAAAAUGGUAUCUAUAUAAUAGCAAACCUAAUUUUACCAAAAACCUUUACCAAAAAUGGGCCAAAGGCCGGUUCUUUACAGUGCUACGCUUUCCGAGCUCUCCGCUUUCUCUUUAGCGUUGAAAGAAACAGGUAUCUGUUUAAAAGACUCUUUCCCACAGACUUCUUUGAAUUGUUUAUUGAUGUUGGACAUUAUGUGCGAGACCUCACAGCUUAUGAGGAGCUGCAAACCCAAGUUUCACUCUACUCUGAAGAGGAACUGAAUAGUCUGAGAGAGAAUAUUGAGGCCCUAGACCAGAACCGGCCUCCACUCAGAGUAAUCGGUGGUUACUCUAUACUGGACCACCUGGGCUCUGGAGCUUUUGGAAGUGUCUUUAAAGUCCAAAAGCACUCCAGGCAGAACCUCCUGGCUCUGAAGGAGGUGAACCUGCACAACCCGGUGUUUGGCAAAGACAAGAAGUCCAGAGACAGCAAUGUGGAAAAGAUCAUCUCUGAGCUUACAAUCAUCAAAGAACAGAUGACACACCCAAACAUAGUAAAAUAUUGCAAAACAUUUUUGGAAGGUGACAAGCUUUACAUUGUAAUGGAGCUGAUUGAGGGCUUGCCACUGGCUCAACAUUUUAAUUCACUGAAGGACAAACAACAAACAUUCACUGAAGACAGAAUAUGGAACAUAUUCAUUCAGAUGUGCCUGGCUUUGAGGUACCUGCACAAGGAGAAGAGAAUAGUUCACCGUGACCUCUCACCUAACAACAUCAUGCUGGGGGAGAAAGAUAAAGUCACCAUCACUGACUUUGGGCUCGCCAAGCAGAAACAGGAGAACAGUGAGCUGACAUCAGUGGUUGGCACCAUCCUUUACUCAUGUCCAGAGGUGGUGCAGAACAAACCGUAUGGGGAGAAAGCUGACAUCUGGGCUUUGGGCUGCAUCCUGUACCAGAUGGCAACUUUACAACCUCCGUUCUACAGCAGCAACAUGUUGUCACUGGCCAGCAUGAUCGUUGAAGGAGUCUAUGAGCCAGUUGAAGAGGGAGCAUUUUCAGAGAGGCUGACAGGGAUGAUCAGAUGGUGUUUGAGUUCAGACCCAGAGCAGCGGCCGGACAUCAUAGCCGUCAGCUCCAGGAUUUCUGACAUCAUGAUGAGGCUGAUGGAUGGACUCUACACCUCCCAGAAUGCACUGCAGCGGAGAGCUGAUAAUGACAGGAAACGAACACAGAAGUAUUUUUUGGAAAGGCAACAAAGCAGGAAUAACUACUGCCACUCAGACAUGGAAAGAGGGCUGACACAGACUGAAUCUGUGGCUCGGAGCUCCUCUGCAGGCUGCGGUGCAUGUGACAUUUUGCAGACAAGCAGUGAAGACUUGGAGCCCAGGGUUUGUGUCACACCAGUUCAGAUUGUAGCCUGUGGGGAUUUUACUGCUUCAAAGAUAAAACCAAGACCAGUGUCUGUAGGAAUCUGUGUGUCACAGAAGAAACUGCGACAGAUCGAUGAUCCCAUCCAGAGGCUGCUUGUGCAGCUGCACAAAAUCAUCUUCAUCACUCAACUUCCACCAGCCUCGCACCACAGCAUCAAACGCCAUCUUGUUGAGAGAUUCAAAAAGUCUCUCUUCCAAGUCGGCAGUGAUCCAUACAACAUAAAAGUGGAGCUCAGCAAGCUUGUCCAGGCAUCAUCAGAAUUGAUGGAAUUAAAGUCGACCAGUUUAGACUGGCGCCACAUGGUGCAGCACUUUAGAGGGGAACACCUCACUGCUGAAACUACAGAUGAUGAGAAUCUCAGUGAUGGAGUUACAUAUCAGCAGAUGCAGGCAAUCAUUGAGGAGCUCCUGGAGGAGAACAGCUACUAUGAAGCAACAAACAGCAGGGCCAAAGACAAAAGAAAUAACCUAGCAGGGAACUGGGAGUAACCUGUAACUGAUAUCCACCUCACCCAGAAGUCUGAACGUGACACUGGGAAUGAGAUCAUUCAGAAACUGGGACCAGUGUAGAUACACCCAUAAGCACAAAGAUCAAAGCAGCAUGUCGACAUAGAGAAGAAAAACAGUGGUUAUAUUAAUGAGAUGCAAACUGACAGGAGUGCUGUUAAACAGUUUAUAACUCUUGGGCUUCCUAUGCACAGGGCAGCUAUUUUCAGUUUGUUUGAGGCUCAUGUGGUUUUACAACUUUGGAGAGAACUGUGAUUUUUUUUGCAUGUGCAAACGGACCAUAAUCCUAAAAGAAAAAUCACUGGACUAUUUCUAAACAAAAUGUAGCUUAAUUCCAUCACACAUGCAGAGUAAGGAAGCUUAUAAUGUAAUAAAUCUGAAAUACAAUAAACUAAUGUUUAAAUACAGUGCCUUGCAAAAGUAUUCACACCCCUUGGACCUUUCCACAUUUUGUCAUGUUACAACCACAAAUUUCAGCCUAUUUAAUUUUAUGUGAUUGACCAAAACAAAUCAAAAUCUGAAAAGUAUGGCAUGUAUUUUACAGUGUACCAGCUAUUAUUUCAGGAUUGCCCAAUAUUUAGCUCCAUCAAUUUUUCCAUAAACUCUGACCAUCUUCUCCGGUCCAAGCUGAAUAAAAGCAUCUCCACAACAUGAUGCUACCACCACCUCCUCCCACUGUGGGGAUGGUGUGUUCAGGGUUAGCUUUUUACCAUAAAGCAAUUUGGAAGAAAGUGAAAAAGUUCAGCUUUGGUGUUACUAAACCAUGACACCUCCUUUCACAUGUUUCCUGUAAUCCUCUACAUGGCUCGCAGCAAACUUCAAAAAAUACUUUUUAUGACUUUCUUUCAAAAAUGGCUGUUUUUUGCUAUUUUUUUUGUAAAGGUCCAAUUUGUGCAGUGGAUCUCUCCAGCUUAUCCAGAAUAACCAUGGGCCUCUUGACUGAAUAAAAAUGCCCAGCACACAAAAAGAAAGAUGCAUCAUUUUUCUUCCACUUCCACUUCUACUUUGAGUUAAUCAAUCAGAUAAAAUACCAUUAAAAUAGUGUUUUGGUUUGUAAUGUGACAAAAUGUGAAAAACAUAAAGGGGUGUGAAGGCAGUGUGCCUAUAAACUGUAAUAACACAACAUAAAAUGUGUAUUGGUUGGCACUUUGCAUUAGUAGUUUUAAAAGUACCACAGUGGAAACAUUCAUAUCACCCUCAGGCGUUUUUGCAUCUCACAUAUUGAUAGUCUGUACAAAUGUGAUGUGACUGUAUGAAUCUCUAAAUAUAAUUUAACACUCAUGUUUAUGAUGAAGACUAAGGCCAACUUAUUUCUGUACUGGAUAUAAAUGUAAACCUAUGUGAUGUGCUUCUGUGUUCUGCAGCUUUCUGAGCAUACCAUUUUAAAUUCUUUGGAGCAGAUUGAGCGGUUUAACUGUUUUAACUCAUUGCUGCACAACUGCAUGUGACAGCAUGUGCUUUUUUACCUUCAACCCACAAUUUCCUCCUCAUAUAUCUGUCAAAUAGCUGAUAAGAGCUUUCACUUUAAUGUAGCACAUCUCAGUGUCUGGCUGUAAGUAAAAUUAAAAACAAGGUCAGAGGUUUUAUGUACUUUCUGUGCACUGUAAAGUUUGAACUGAAGAAUAAUAACUUUGGUGUAGUGUAAAUUCAUUGUAUAAAAAUGUUCAAUGUAAUUCUUUAAGCAUUUAAAAUAAAUAUUUCUUAUUCACUUUGA